CAAACAAGCUGUAAAAGCUUCGAGUCUGUUCCAACAAUGGCGGCAUCACACCUCAUCUCUCAAUCUCCAUCCCUUCCCAAGUUCCUAUACUACCCUUCUCCAAAAGUCUCCUCCUUCAAACCCAUUUUCCCACUGAAGCCCAUUUCUUCAAGAAACCUAAGCAUAAAGGCAGCAGUUGCAUCAACCUCCUCAGAGACACAAACACAGAAAUUUGAGCAUUGUUUCAAGAAAUCUGAAGAUGGGUUUUUGUACUGUGAGGGUGUUAAGGUACAAGAUGUUAUGGACACAGUGGAAAGACGGCCUUUUUAUCUUUAUAGUAAGCCCCAAAUUACUAGGAACGUUGAGGCUUAUAAGGAUGCUUUGGUGGGUUUGAAUCAAAUUAUUGGAUAUGCUAUUAAGGCUAAUAAUAAUCUCAAGAUUUUGGAACAUUUGAGGAAGUUGGGUUGUGGUGCUGUUUUGGUGAGUGGUAAUGAGCUCAAGUUGGCACUUCGUGCUGGUUUUGAUCCUACCAGGUGUAUCUUUAAUGGAAAUGGGAAACUGUUGGACGACCUAGUGUUAGCAGCCCAAGAAGGUGUUUUUGUAAACAUUGACAGUGAAUUUGACUUGGAUAACAUCUUAGCCGCCGCGAGGAUUGCCGGGAAGAAGGUUAAUGUGCUACUCAGAAUUAAUCCUGAUGUUGACCCCCAGGUUCAUCCGUAUGUUGCCACCGGCAAUAAGAUCUCAAAAUUUGGUAUCAGAAAUGAGAAGCUGCAAUGGUUUCUAGACGUUGUCAAGGCACAUCCUCGGGAAUUGAAACUUAUCGGUGCUCAUUGCCAUCUGGGGUCAUCAAUCACCAAGGUAGAUAUUUUCAGAGAUGCAGCUGUCUUGAUGGUGAACUACAUUGACCAAAUCCGAUCCCAAGGCUUUGAAAUUGAUUACUUGAACAUUGGAGGUGGUUUAGGAAUUGACUAUUAUCAUUCUGGAGCUGUCCUUCCUUCACCCAGAGAUCUUAUUGACACGGUCCGUGACCUGGUUCUUUCACGAAACCUCAAUCUCAUUAUUGAACCUGGGAGAUCACUUAUUGCAAAUACAUGCUGCUUGGUUAACCGUGUUACUGGAGUUAAAACCAAUGGGACCAAAAACUUUAUUGUGAUUGAUGGUAGCAUGGCAGAGCUAAUACGGCCGAGCCUCUAUGAUGCUUAUCAGGUACUUUUGCCAAUCAUUGAGAUCUUCUUUUAUUUUGGUUUAACUAUUUCUCUUCUGGUAGCCAUAACAACAUUUACCGCAAUGCAUUUGUUACCUUCUACUCUAGCAUGCACGUAACUUAUGGAAUGUUAUGCUGUUAGCGCAUGCAAAUAGUUCCUUUUUCCC